UUUUGAUAAGCAGCAUAGACAUAAAACGAAGUAGAUGGGCCAUGGUGAACAAAAAGAAAUACAGCUUAAAGCCUUUAUAUUCAUCAAGUUCCCUGUUUUGAUGGAGAAAGAGAUGUCUAAUGCACAUACAUAGAUAUAAAACUUCAGAAUGAUGAUAAGGUGCAAAAACCCUCUCCAUGGCUUACCACAGUCAAAAAUAGGAGGGAUGUUAGCCACAUUCAUUUUCAUCUUCCUUUUCUACAAAAGUUUUCUAGUUGAGGAUAACACGGAACCCUUAAAAUACUUGGAAACUGUGAAGAGAUUUUUUCUGAAUGUAAAGCAGAGAGAUAAAAUUUAUCUUGACAGAGAAAAAUCCUAUCUUAAUGAGAAAGCCCAGAAGUUAAGAAUUCUCUGCUACACCAUGACGGUGCCAGCUAACAUGCAUACAAAGGCUAUAGCCGUGAACAACACAUGGGGAGCUCGAUGUACGAAACUAAUUUUUGUGACUCCAGAGCCUAGCUCUACCUUAUAUACCAUGCAGGUGGAUGUUAAGGAGGGAAGGAGCUACCUCACUGACAAAACCGUAAAGACACUUACAGCACUUUACAGAACUUAUAAAAAUGACUAUGAUUGGUUUUUCAAAUGUGACGAUGAUGUAUUUAUCAUCAUGGAAAAUUUACGCCUUCUUCUUGCAAAGCAUGAAUCUCAUGUACCAGUUUAUCUGGGGCACCAGUUUAGACUGUUGACAAAACAGGGAUAUUUGUCAGGAGGUGCCGGAUAUGCUAUUAAUAGAAAGGCCCUGGAGAUAAUCAACGAGGAAGGUUUUCAGGUGUCGGGGAAAUGUGAGGUAUCCGGAAAGGACGAGGACUUGGAUAUUGGGAGGUGUUUUGGGAACCUUGGUGUAAAAAUUUAUUCCACAAUUGAUACUCAAGGACGACAAGCAUUCCACCCAUUUGGCUUUCAGAGGGCUUUCUAUGGACACAAAGGAGGAGAGAUUUACUAUGUCUCAAGGCCGUAUAACACAGGCCCUGAUUGCUGCAGUGAGUUCACAGUGUCUUUCCACUAUGUCACUCCAGAGGAAAUGUACCUAAUGGAAUAUUUGUUAUAUCACACAAGAAUCUAUGGCCGGCAUUCAGUCACGAAAGACAAGGAAAUCUUCACAAACAAAGAGGCCGUUAUCCCUAACAAGGCUCCUAAUGAAGUGCUCCUGACUCCAAAAUUUAUAUGGCAUCAUCUUUAUAGAUAUUCAAGAUUUGAGUAGAUUUUUUUUCUACAUUUUUAACCUUUAAGGACAGAUGAUACAAACAAUAAUUUGGAUGCACGGUUUGGUGUAUAUUUUUGGACUAAUUCUGGUGGUAAAUAAUGCAUGUAUGAAAUAUCUAAAAUAUUAAGAAAUUGUAAACUUUCUAUGACACUCAAAUGUCUUCUUUUUUUUUUUAAUCAUCACUCUAUAACAAUUUUUCAUCUCUUUAAAGGAUAAUUCCUUUUAAAGGAUAUUAUUGAGAAACUUUGAAU